AUGGGUAUGUGACCAUUCUUCAAAAACGACGUUAUGACAUAGCUCAAGCAUACUAACUGUUCAUGUCUCUUUACAGCACAAGGUAAAAAUAAGAAGUUGUCCCGUAAAGGAGCUAGCAAGAGAAAGGCUUACGAUGCCUUUGCCAAGAAGGAUUGGUUCGACAUCAAAGCUCCAUCCACUUACGAAAGAACCGAUGUUGGUAAGACGCUUAUCAACAGAAGUACCGGUUUGAUCAACGCCGCCGACGGUUUGAAGGGAAGAGUUGUCGAAGUCUGUUUGGCAGACUUGCAAGGAUCCGAAGACCACUCAUUCAGAAAGAUCAAGUUGAGAGUCGACGAAGUCCAAGGUAACAAAUUGUUGACCAACUUCCACGGUUUGGACUUUACCUCCGACAAGUUGAGAUCAUUGGUUAGAAAGUGGCAGUCAUUGGUUGAGGCCAACGUUACCGUCAAGACUGCUGACGACUAUGUUUUGAGAGUCUUUGCUAUUGCCUUCACCAAGAGACAACCAAACCAAAUCAAAAAGACCACAUAUGCUCAAUCAUCUAAAUUGAGAGAAGUUAGAAAGAAGAUGACCGAGAUUAUGCAAAGAGAAGUCUCAAACUGCACCUUGGCUCAAUUAACCUCUAAAUUGAUUCCAGAAGUCAUUGGUAGGGAAAUUGAAAAAUCCACUCAAACCAUCUUUCCUUUACAAAACGUCCACAUUAGAAAAGUCAAAUUGUUGAAACAACCUAAAUUCGACUUGGGUGCCUUGUUGGCUUUGCACGGCGAGGGUUCAGGUGAAGAAAAGGGAAAGAAGGUUUCUGGUGGCUUUAAGGAUGUUGUGUUGGAAUCUGUAUAA